AUGUCGAGUUUAGAAAUAAAGUCAAAUGAUAAAGUAUGGUUUGUAACUGGAGCAUCGAGAGGAAUUGGACUUGCUUUGACAAAAGGGCUGCUGGCCUAUGGAUUUAAAGUUGUCGGUACAUCGAGAGAUAGACAAAAUCUGAUCAAUGCCGUCGGUAAUUUUGGUUACAGAGAUCAUUUCUUGGCGGUACAGGUUGACCUUCUCAAUGAAGAUAGUAUCAGGCAAUCAUUGAAUGAUGCACUCUCGAAAUUCGGAAGAAUCGAUGUCGUUGUUAAUAACGCUGGAUUCAGUAUCUCCGGUGCAUUGGAGGAGAACACCGACAAACAGGUCCGUUCCAAUUUCGACAUCAAUGUAUUCGCCGUCUUCAAUGUACUCCGAAACGUAUCGCCAAUCCUGAGAAAUCAACGAUCCGGAUAUGUAUUCAACAUCUCGUCGGUCGGUGGGCUCCAAGGUGUCAUUGCACACAGUGCCUAUUGCGCCACCAAGUUUGCACUCGAUGGCUUGUCAGAGUCCUAUGCUCAAGAGGUUAAACCAUUUGGUAUUAGAGUUACUACCGUCAAUUUAGGUGCAGCUAGAACAACUAUUUUAGAUGCUGAUGCAUAUAAACCAAAGAACCGGAUUGAAGCAUAUAAACAAGUUCAUAGUGUUUUAGAUUUCAUUAUUAAUCAGUAUAGUGGAAAUCAACCAGUUGAUCCAUCAAAGAUAUUGGAUAUCCUAAUUAGAGUUUAUCAAUCAGAGGGUGAUACUAUGCACCUCUUUGUAUCGCCAGAAUCUAAUCAACUACUUAAAAUUAGAGCCGAACAGUUGUUCAAAGACCAAAAGAGAUGGGAAGAAUUUACCACUCAAACAGACUUUGAAACAACAAACACAAAUAUGAUACCUCAAUGA